UCCACUCAUCCUUUUGGGCAGCAUCGCGAAAGCCUCCUGCUUUUCCUCCUCCUCUUCCAGCCAUGCUCUGAGAGCUUUGUGCAUUGCCCUUGCACCCACCCACCCAUCUUUUCUUUCCUCUGCUCCCCACUCCUCCUUUUCUCCAUCCUCCCCUCUUUUGCUACCAUUGCCUCCUCCUCCUCCUCCUCUUCUUCUUCCUCCUCCUGGUGUGAAUGACAGAGUAGUCUGAUGAUGGCCCUCGUUAUGGAACCUAUUAGCAAGUGGACGCCCAAACAAGUAGUGGAUUGGAUGAAAGGCCUUGAUGACUGCCUGCAACAAUACAUUAAAAACUUUGAAAGAGAAAAGAUCAAUGGAGAGCAGCUGUUACACAUCACUCAUCAGGAGCUUGAAGAGUUGGGCGUCACUCGAAUUGGCCACCAAGAACUAAUUCUGGAAGCGGUGGAUUUGCUCUGUGCUUUGAAUUAUGGCUUGGAGACAGAAAACCUGAGAACUCUUUCCCACAAGCUGAAUGCCUCGGCCAAAAACCUUCAGAACUUCAUAACGGGUAGAAGGAGGAGCGGCCAUUACGAUGGCAGGGCCUCCCGAAGACUGCCAAAUGAUUUCCUUACCUCUGUGGUUGACCUGAUUGGUGCUGCCAAGAACUUGCUUGCCUGGCUGGACAGGUCUCCAUUUGUCAGCGUGACAGAAUACUCACUGCUGAAAAAUAACAUUGUUCAACUGUGCCUGGAACUAACAACCAUAGUGCAACAGGAUUGCACGGUGUACGAAACAGAAAAUAAAAUUCUUCACGUGUGUAAAACGCUGUCUGGCAUCUGUGAUCACAUCAUCUCUCUCUCAUCAGACUCUCUGGUGUCACAAUCAGCUCACCUCGAAGUUGUUCACCUUACCAGCAUCAUGCCCAGUGAAGGUUUGGGGAUGUAUAUCAAGUCAACAUAUGAUGGGCUGCAUGUGAUCACUGGAACUACUGAAAACUCUCCAGCAGACCAGUGUAAGAAAAUCCAUGCAGGGGAUGAAGUGAUCCAGGUCAACCACCAAACUGUGGUCGGCUGGCAGUUAAAGAAUCUGGUCAAUGCCUUGCGCGAAGACCCAAAUGGCGUGAUCUUAACCUUGAAGAAACGGCCUCAGAAUACCCUGGUGUCUGCUCCUGCCCUUCUGAAGAAUGUAAGGUGGAAGCCUCUGGCCUUGCAGCCUGUUAUUCCAACCAGCCCAACGAGCAGCUCCACAACACCAACCAGCACAAUGGGCUUGAGCUCCAAAAUGGACAACUCGACUCUCCAAGAUGUUUUCAUCCUCUCACCCAUGUCAGGACUCUAUGGCCCCAGAGAUGACAUUGGUAUUGUGUCUUGUGAUGACAUCAGUAAAUAUGGCGUUGGGAAGUCUGGGAUGAAGGGUUCAGAGUCUCCAAGCUACUUUUUGGAACAUGAAAGUGGAAAGUAUUAUACUUUAAUUGAAGGCGAAGGCCAUCCAGUGAGCUCUGAAUAUGAAAGAGGCAGAGCGACAGGGGUGCGGCGGAGAGAAAAGACACCCACACAUGGUGAUCUGAGGCCAGUUUCUAUGCCAACAGAGUACAGCUGGAUAGGAGAUUCAAAAGAACCAAAUAUGUACAAAAGGGGUAGCCGAGACUCUGAAAAUUCACUCCUUCGAUACCUGAGUGAUGACAAGAUUUUAGUCAUCCAAGAAGAGCCAUUGACUCAGAAGGACAACAAGCGGGAUACUGGACGCAGGUCAAGGAAAAAGGGGAAAAACAGUGGAAGUCCCAACUAUCCCAUCAGUCCAUCCAUGCUAACCUCAUCGGUGAACGUACGGCUUGAACCCGGACAGCAGGAGGUCCUCAAUUUCUCCUUACCUGAGAACAACACUGUUCCGUUGUAUCACAGGGCAGGAGAUACCAUCGCUGGAGAUUCUGAAAGGUAUGUGAGUUCUGCCCCUGAGCGUCAAGGAAGCACAUCGAUGAGGAAGUCUUUUCACUACGCUUCCCUGAGGGUAAAAAGCAAAAAAUGGCCCAAAGGAGGCUCACUGAACAACAGCAGCCGGCGGCGGAUCUCCUGCAAAGAUUUGGGGCAUGGAGAUUGCGAGGGUUGGUUGUGGAAGAAAAAAGAUGCCAAAGGUUACUUCACUCAGAAGUGGAAAAAGUACUGGUUUGUGCUGAAGGAUUCUUCCCUGUAUUGGUACACAAACCAGAAUGAUGAGAAAGCAGAAGGCUUCAUCAGUUUGCCAGAGUUCAGGAUAGACAGAGCUAUCGAAUGCAGGAGGAAACAUGCUUUCAAAGCUUGUCAUCCCAAAAUUAAGAGUUUCUUCUUUGCAACAGACUGCCUGGAAGAAAUGAAUAGAUGGAUGAACCGCCUAGGUCUUGCAGCAAUUGGUUACACACCCGACGACAAGGAUAUCCGUCCAGAUGAAGCAGAUUACUGGAGUGAAAGUGACCAAGAAGAGAUUGAUGGCUCCUUAACGCUGAAACAAGAGGGACCUGUAACUCUUGGGGACACCUACCACCGAACGCCCUCGAUGAACUCUUCAAGUCCAUUCCCUGAGCCUAAACACAGCCGACAUUUCUCCAGCGAAUCAACGUAUUCUCAUUCUUCUGCGGAGGAUUCCCGACAGGAUCCAACAGGGACCACACAUUCAGCGGGCUGCAGACCUCCCUACAGAGAACGACGUUCAUGGCAGGACCUCAUAGAGACUCCACUGACUAGUUCAGGCCUCCAUUUUCUCCAGACAGUCCCUCCUGACCCUGAGUAUGUGAGUGGGCGACUUGGCUUAUCACCAGAGAGGCGACGACAAGCAACGCUACCAGUCCAAAGACGACACAACCAUGAACAGGAUGGCCCCUUCCCAUUGAUAGAGUGCCACAGAGGUCCCAGCUCUCACGCCCGUCCCCAGAAGCAACGCAGUCAAAGCCUUCCGCGGAACAGAGAUGUCCGAGUCAAAGGCCGUGUAAAACCCAGUGGGAUAACAGAAGAGAGAUUGGAAGAAAAACUGCCUAUUAAAAAGCAAAGUAGUUUAUGUGAAGAAGAAAACACAGAAGAAGAAACAAAGACUUCAGAUGGUCUGCAUGAGUUGUACAAGUCUCUGGAACAAGCUAGUUUGUCGGCAUUUGGAGAGCAACGUCCUUCUACCAAGCAGGAAUUUCGGAAGUCCUUCAUAAAGAGAUGCAAUGAUCCCGUCAUCAAUGAAAAGUUGCAUCGGAUUCGAGUUCUCAGGAGUACUUUAAAAGCGAAAGAGGGAGACCUUGCCGUGAUCAACAACCUUCUCCACGAUACCACCUUGACGUCCAAAAAAUUCAAAGAGUGGAAAAUAAAGAACUAUGAAUUUUUCCUGGACAUUUGUGAGUACGGUGCCGCCCUUAAAGCCCAAAAUGGAGCCUCUGAACUUGCAACCCCAACCCCUCUGCUGACACACACGCAUUCCUUCAUUGAAACACACGUCUGACAAGAUGUAGCACCGGGAACACUUUUUGGGUGGGUAGGGGUAGGGGUGGGGAGGGACUGUGAGGAAUCCAUUGCGACAAAACACUGUAACCUGUGUAAAUAAUGUACUCAGCUGUAUUGUAAAUAGGUUGGAUAAGAAACUAGUGCCACAGGAUGCCUACUUGCAUUGCAUGAUAAGACAGUCUUAUUUUCUUUGGAAUUAUUUUGGUUGUUUGCUGUUGGGUUCUGCAUUAGAACAAAGCAGUGCAGAAAGCGUUCACCGGCAUCAUAAUAAUAAUAAAAACCCCACUAUAUUCAUUAGUACUGUACUAAAAUCAGGAGUGCAGGUCACAAAGCUCUCUUGUUAUUUUAUAUAUGUAGAUAUAACUGUAUGUAACUAUAUCUAUGUAUAUAAAAUGGAACCUGAAACCUGAGGUUUAUUUUUAAACUCAUCCAAGAAAUACUCAUCCUCAUCACCUCCCCCUCCCCUUGCUCUUACUUUCCUUUUUCUUUUUUAAGAUACCGAAAUUUGCAGCAUUAAAAAUAAAAACAACCAAAAAAACAAAGAAAGAAACCAGAAAUUUAUCAACCGCUCUUAGGAAAGAAGGAAAACCCUUCAAUCUUAAAAUCUUCAGCAUUUCCAGUAAGUUGUAGCUAAUGUCUUCUGUGAACAUGAAGAGGGCUGGAGUAGCAUGGAAAUGGUAAACAACCUUUUGGUGUGCCUUAAAAUGUAUAGUGUAUACCCAGGAAAACAUCUGUUUCCCUUUGCCACUCCAGGCACAACCUGUACUUGCCGUUGAAAUGCUGUGCUAUUUUUUACAAUAUCGUGCCUGCUUCUCAGAGGAGGAUGGGCCCUAAGAAUGUGUGUGGCUAUAUCUGUGUGCUCACAGCACAAAAGAGGUUGCAAAGCAGUCUGUUUGGCCUUGCCGUUGUACAAAGCAGCUCCCAGUGCUUCUGCACCGUUAUGCGAGGGAGGGCCAACGGACACUAAGAUCCCUUUCUGAGAUCAUGGUUGCUUUUCCAGUUCUCAGCAUUUAUCCACUGUGAAUUUAGUGCCACCAGACCUGUGACCCACAAAGUUCUGAUGCUGGUUUCUGCUGCCUCACAACCAGGAAUAAAACGACACAAAAGUCUGAGCUGGAAACUAUGGUUAUGUAUAUUUACACUGACCCGCAAAGUCAAAAGAAUCUUCAAGAUGUAUGGUUCAGGAAAUGUUGGACUAAGAGAAAUAAAAAGAUCACUGUUCAGGAAAUAUUCAGGACUAUAGAAACAACACACACAUAGACACACACACAGAGUACCAGAGGCCUAACAGAGCCCAUGGGAUAUUGGUAUAGUCUGCUACCAGUAAAGAGAGAUGGUUCAGGACAUUUUGGUGCCUUGAGGCAAAAGAUCUAAAUGGCUACCUUAAUGGUUAAUAAUAAUAAUAAUAAUAAUAAUAAUAAUAAUAAUAAUAAUAAUUCAAUGCCCCCAGCUGCAUUAGCACUCUUACAUGAAAGCAAAACUGAUGGUUGUCCAUGUCUGGGGCCAGUUCACCUUGUUUAGCUACACGUGUGUUAGAUUUACACCUUGCCAAAGAGCUCGAGGCAUCUUUGUUUUCUUUCAAGGAGAAGAAGGAACAUACGUGGUCCUCCUCCUAUUUUUUCCCCCAUCUCCAUAAACCUGUGAGAGAAACCUGCUCUGACAGAUGGUAGUUUGAAUCCUGUUGGCUGACCCAUUUGAUUAACAUACUCUACAACAUUUCACAGUUGAAAACUAGGAUACGUGUGGUCAAGCAGAAUAAGAAUGUAAGUCCCAACCAAAUCCUUUAUGCCAAAAGUUAUUAAUGUAGAACAGCAUAGAAGCUAGGAGAGACUGCAGCAGUUAGCUUUUGCGUGAGUCUACAGCAAAGGGCAAGACUCUUCUCCCUCCUGCCCUUUCCUUCUGUUGAGUUAACUGAGUGCAAACAACUUUUGCACUUUGAAUUCAGUCUGCAACAGUUGAAGUAAGCUGAGAACAAAAGGAGAAAGUAGUAGUAGGAGAGAGAAACUGGGUAAUUUUAAAAGAAGUUGGAAAAGUAGGACAACAGAGGAUUACUCAAGAUUCUCCCUGCAAAACUGGAACAAUAUGAACCAAUGUGUUGACUGGUGAAUCAACAUGUAGGUAAAUCCCAUUGACUCAGUGAAGAGCUAAACCUAGUUCUUUCCAAUCCUAAUAAUAAUAAUGAUGAUGAUAAUAAAAUUUAUUUAUAUCCCGCCUCUCUACAAAAUGCAAUCAAGGUGGCUUACAAGAUUAAAAUAUAUUCCAACACCACAAAGCUCUUAUAGUAUGUAAGCACUUCGAACAUAGGUAGUUUGGACAAUGUUAGUUUUUAAAGUUAGUUUUUUAAAAAGUUAAUAUAUAUAUAUAUUGAAUGAAGGAUGUUGAAAGCACCUCACCACAGCUGUUGCAAAACUUUCAUUUAUUUGAGUCAAGUUUGUGCAGAAUCUCACAUGGUUGACAAAAAUGAAAUGGGGUUAUGCAACAGCAGUGCUUGGUAGACUACAUUCACCUUUGGCCUUAUGGACACUUUUGGUAAAGCAGAUGAACUAAAUGCCCAGUUCAACAACACCAAUGCAUCUCACCUCUCAUCACCUUAGCAUAUUUCCAGUGCAUCUAAAUUAGCGAUCGACAACAUACAAUCUGUAGGUCAUUUCUGUACCCAUGUACACAAGUCCUCUGCAGAAAUUUGCCACAGCAGCAAAAAAAAAUUAAAAACCUUCUCUCUGCAGUCCUUCUCAAAAUGGUGACAGGAAAUUAUAUUGUAUCACUUCCCAUUGACAUCUGAGAGGGACUGCAAAGAAAAAGGGACAUUUGGGAGUAUUAAGAGGCUCCGUGGUGCAUAGGGAGGAUGGGGUAUUUCCAUGUAUUUUCCUGUGUUUGGCUUUUGUGUAGUUUGGGGGCAAAAUUGUCCAAAGAUUGCACCAUUUCUUUUACAAAAUGAGGGAGUGGGGGGCUUUAGGGGACAUGAAAGUGGGUUCCCACAGGUGUCACUAUGGCCACCCCUGCAGUUAAAAGAAAAGGAAGUUAUCAAGAGGAGAGAUUUUAGCUGACCUCUCUGCUAGCUAUGCAGGUUUUCCAGAUUUUAAAUAAGUGUGGGAGAAAUUUAAAAUGGCACUGCAAUCUUGUCCCCCCCACUUACAAUCUUCUCCCUCAGUGUUCCCAACACCUUGUGUGUGUUUCUGUGAGACAGGUAGCUGUUAUUUACACACACAAGUCAUCCCAAGCUGUACCUUCAUCCAGAAAUGAAGAAUGUAUGUUUGGGACCAGCCCAAAGUCCCAGUAGCUUAGAAAGUGUGCUCAGGAUCGCAGUAUUAACAUUUCAGCAAAUUUGGCCAUUAUGCAGAAGGCAAGCAAAUUAGAAACAUUUGGCAAAAGAAACAUCCCGCAAAUACAAGCAAUGUCUCCCAAGUGUUACUAUUUUGUUUCCACUCUAAUAAUACUACUGUUUAUACACCACAGUGAUUUUGGGACAUGAUGCUCUUGGAACAAUGGUGCAGUUAAGCUCCUAGUAUCCCAAGAGAUCUUGUAUUAUGGAAUCUGUGCACGAUAGUCUUAAUUGUAUAAGAGCAGAACAUGAAACUAAAAUGCAUGCAAGCUUUCAUUUGCUAAAAUACAUUUUAAAAACCCUCCCCAGUGCCAUGCAUCAUUGUUCUGUUAAACUGUACAAUCACUAAAGUACUGGAAAUAGAGAAAGACUUGAUCCCAAUCCAAGAAAGGCUAUGCACUUUUAAAUCUCCUAUGACAGGGAUGGGAAUCAUGCAGUCCUCCAGAUGCUGUUGGGCUGCAACUCCCAGCAUUCUUCACCAUUAGCCAUGCUGGCUAGAAGCUGAUGGAAGUUGCAUUCCAACAACUGGGCUGCGCAAUACCCUUUCAUAUAAUUUUAGAGGAAAGGGAAUUGCGGGAUGAGUCCUUCCUGAAUCUUCGUUCACGAAGCAAAGCCAGAGAGAGAGAGAGGAAAGGGUAUAAGGAUGUGUGCAAUUGCUCCAUAAGAAGGAAAUGUGACUCAGUGUGCUGACCUUUGGCAGCACUACACCUCUUGUUCUUACUAUCUUCUUACUUAUCUUAGAUGCUAAUAAAAUCCCUAGCAGCCAAACUGUAGAGCAGGAAGAGUAUUCAAAGAUCAGCUAGUCCAAAAAACCCACGCCUUCCUGAUGAAGGAAAUCUACUACAGCAACCCCAAUAGACAGCCAUCUAAUUUCUGCUUAAAAGGUUCUAACAAGAGCGUUGCCCAUCUUUUAAGGGAGUCUGUGCUACAACUGAACAGACUGUACCAGGAAAGUCUUUCUUGCAGUUUUACCCAUGUUUAUUCACUCAAAAUGUUUGCAGAAUGCUAAUCCAAAAUUACACAUGCAUAGGAUUACCGAUGGGGUAGUGAAUACCAGGGGUUUGGGGCUACAUUGGUUGCCCCCGCUCCCAUUGGAGGAUAUCACCUCCAAUUGUCACUCUUGAAUUCUCCCAUCCCUCUCCAAGCCAUGUCAUUUUUGGGUUCACAGUGAUAUAACAGGUUAUCAAGGAACAGCUAAGACUUUCGAUCUAUCCCAUUUGAGGCCUGUGAUGUCCCAGACCCUACACAUACCCACUUUUGGGACAGAUUUCUGUUGGGGAGUCCCAACUAGAGUAGACCCAUUCAAUUAAUUGUUAAAUGGUGAGUCAAUAUAUAGGUAAAUUCCAUUGAUUCAGUGGGCCUUUGGGAUUAUCAAUGAGUCAGUUUUAAACCUGCGAGGAAUAGUGGUAAAUGUUGCAUAUGCCCACAUUAGAGUAGUGAGUUAUGUAUAGACUUCAAAGAGGAUACAGAAGUUGCAAUCCACAAGUCCAGAACUGGCUGCAGUCAUGCAGGUGCAAAUCAUAACUGUUGUUUUCUUUUAAAAGGAAAUGCAUAAAUACCUUGCUCUCAAAAGGUGGAAGUAUAUAUGGUUGGAACAGUGCAAAGAUUAGGAUAGCCGUUCAUUCCAGUUUAUCGAGACAGACUGGAAAAACCAGAAUUUCCUUUGUUUUGUACCUGUCCCUUCUACACGAUCUUUUUCCCAUUCUGAAAUAUUCCCAGGGAACUCCCAGCCCUUAGAAGGAUUAUUUAUUCCCACUCUCUAGGUCAGUUUAAAUUAAAACAGUAUUUCCUGAAAUGAAACAUACCUCUCCAUGGCAGUGUGCUUCUGUUAUUGCAGAGCUAGCUAAGUUGGCAGCUGCCAAGAAACAGUGCAAACGUUCUCAGGAAAGACAAUUCAACAGAGAUCAAGUGAGGAAAAGGGGGGUGCAAGCAAUAAAUGAAAAUUAUCCUAAUGUGUAACUAGUGUAAUAUUGCUAAAGCACUUUAGCACUUUGACUAUACCUCCUGAAUAAUAAUUUUAAAGUCUCAGUGGAAAUUGGGGAGAGGCAAUUUCUGAGUCUAGAUGUGACAUGCGAUCAUGUGAGUGGCCACAUCAGUAAAAAUUCAUGCAGCGAAGGACAUGUUAAUAUAGAAGGGAAGGUCCAUAAUGUCAUGUAAUAGAAUAGGGGCUUAAAAUUUUAUUUGAGCUAAAGUAAAGCUUCUUCUGGUCUGUGCCCUGCCUGGGCAUUGGUAACAACUUUGGUAACAAUAUUAUUAUCAGAGUUUGAAAAGGUUUUUUAGGCUAUGCCUUCCAGAAUCCUGCAGCAAAUGCCAGAUUUAUAGUUCAAAUAGCUUUUCUGAGUUCUAAUAACAAUAAAUAAGAAACAAAAAGGAAAGUGAAGCUAAAGUAACUCCUUUAGUUCCAGGGUCCACGCAAGAAUGACUAAUCCGGAUAUAGGGGAACAUCACAUUGUCACCAUGUGACACACUAUCUGAAAACACAUUAUUUAAUGCAUACAUACAGACACACAUAUCCAAAUGCAACAUCAGACAUUUUUCAUGAUUAUUAGACCCCGAAAUGGGGUAGAGAGUGCCUAGAACAGCAAUGGAGAAUCUUUCCAUACUUUGACACCCUAAAACUCUGUAGGGGAUGGGAUGCUUUCCAGUGUUGGUUGAGACCAAAAUUCAAAGUAGAUAGAGCUACAUUUUUCUCACUAGAAUCCUCCUGGGCCUGGAAAUUGUAGGCCACCUGUAGACCCCAAAGACAUGGCCUUCUUCAGUAAUACAGAAAUAUAGAAAGCUACCCCAGAUGCUGCUAUAUUCCACUGCUCACUGCAGAAGUGGGGAUGAUCAUUCCUUUGGCCAACAAGUAGUCCAACACAGCUCCCUCCAACACUGGGAAGUUGCCAGUUAUGUCAUACAAGAGAGCCAGUUGCUGCCUGAAAUCUUGAGUAACCUUCAUAAGUCCUAGAAUAGUACUGUAGAAGCUGCAUUGUCUUAACUUCAUAUGACAGAGGAUACUAUAGUGGUGCAGGACCUGUACAAGCCAGUGGGGUGUAGUGAUUUAGAGUGCUGGACUACAACAUGGGAGACCAGGGUUCAAGUCUGUUCUGCCGUUGACCUUGGGUGAGUCACAUACUCUCAGCUCCAGAAACCCCCAUGAUAGGGUCACUAUAUGUUGAAAAUGAUUUGAAUGCACAUAACAGCCACAUGGCUUGGGGAAAUUAUUUUUUGGGACUAAAGAACCCAAACUUGCUUGGCCAGUAGCCAUGAUGUCUAGGAGAUUCUUCCCUCUGUGACCUGGUACCCUUCAGAUGUAUUGGAGUACAACUCCCAUUGUCCCCUGUAAGUCAAGUUGGUGAAGGUAAAGAUAAAUUAAUGUGAUCUUGUUGUGUGCCUUCGAGUCAUUUCCAUCUUAUGGCAACCCUAAGGUGGGGUUUUAUAUCAUGGGGUUUUCUUGGUAAGAUUAUAGUUCUGGCUUGUUUUCCUUUCCAUUCCUCUGAGACUGAGAUAGUGUGAUUUGCCCAAGAUUACCAAGUAGCAUUCCACAGCUGAGUGGGGAUUCAAUUGGACUUUAAAAACCAGGAGAAGAAAGCAGGAACUGAUCUUGUUUUGUAGUCCUGGGUUAAACCAGUUUCCUGGUUUUGAUGUAACAAGACACUAUGAUUUUAUAAACCAGGAUAAGAUAUGCUGAAAAAUGGCAUUCAGGGAAUGAGGCAAUGAUAGAUCUCAUGGACCAAAUACUCUCACUCUAGUAAACAAUGGUUUAUCCAAAUGUGAUCGCUACAUCCAAACCAGACUUUAAAAUCUAGAUAUUUAAUAAAUAACGUUCCCAAAGAUGCAGACUUCCUGGGUGUACAGGCUUUUAUUCUAAGGAGAAGAAAAUGUGCAACUUUUUGAGCUAUAGAGACAACCUUAAAACUGUGGAGGUACUGCCUUCUAAACGCAAGGCAGUAUUUUGGUGCUUCCAAGGAUGAAGGUAGGAUGACUUCACUCCAUACAGUGUGUCUUCCAAAACAUACUGCCAAAUAUUUUUAAAUUGUUCAAUAACUGUUUUUUCCAUCCUCCUAAUAAGUUAUUGUUAGUAAAGUGUGCAUAUUCAGUUCACUUAGCAGAUUUGUGUGUUUCUGGUCUCAGAUAUAGGCAGCUUGGUAGACUCCACUUCAAGACCACCUCACUUGGUAUUUUCUCUCCACUUUAACAGCCUAAAUUUAAGAAAUGUUUUAAAUUUCUAUACAGUACACUGUACUGUAGAUGCACUUCAAUCUAAACCUAAUUUCCUUGAAAUAAAUUAAUCAUAAAUAAAUAAGGAAAAAUAUAACUUGUUAAAAAUGUUUCACAUAUGUUCAUACAUAGGAAUGAGUUAAUCACAUUUUAAAGAGAUAAGAAAGAUCACAAAGUUUAUUAAUUUUUUAAAGAGAGAGAGAUCAUGGGAUGGACCCAGGCUCAGUUAGUAGCACUUAGUUCCUAUUGAAAUCAAGUCCCAUUGCUUUCAUUCAGAAACAAGUAUACAACUAACUUGACUCUGGAUUGAACCCUGUGUUAUUUAAUAGUCUUAAAACACAACCUGCUAAGCCCUGCUGAUGCUCUUAUGUAGCUCGGGCCUAUCAGCGAGUCUUGCACCAAAAGAGCUCCUGACGAAUUGGGUCUGUAGUAACUUAAGUUUCAGACUAAUGGGGGAACAAAUAUUUUUAACUGAAAGAAGCAUCCACUUUUCAUGAAGUUACAAAACUGAGCACUAUUGUGUGUGCAAUAAAGCCACUACCUAUGUAAUGUAUGGAAUAGUAGUGAGUGGUAGAGAACUGGAGACCCUUUCACACUUCAUUGUUAUAGCACUAUGAGUCCACUUUAAAAUAUCCAAUGGAAGCCCAGGAUUUGCAGUUUAGGGAAGAGUGUUUACACUUCUCAGAGACUUCUAAUGCCUCGUCAAACUACAAACCCCAGAAUUCCAUAGGAUGUUGCCUUGGCAUGGCAGUUAAAAGUGGAAUCAUAGUUCUACAACUGCGUAGUGCGAAAGGGUCCUUGGCUAAAAGUCAACAGAGUGUUUUGUUUUUGCUUCAGCGGAAGCAACCAUGAAACCUAGCCCAUGAAUCAGUAGAUUAUUCCAUAUUCUCAGGCAAUGAAAACAAAAGCAUUUCCACAAAGGUGCAUCUCCACUCAAAUAUAAAUCAUUCUAUAGCUGCUUUUGAGCCAGCUUAGCUAUCAUGGCUUUCUCCAAAGAACCUUGGGAAUUCCAGUUUUUGUAAAGACACUGAGUAUUCUUUGGUGGCCACAGAACUGCAUUGAUCAGCAUUCUUUGGGAGGGAGCCAUGAUAAGGUCGAAUAGAUAAAAUGGUUUACAUUUGUAUUACAGAUGUGGCUUGAAAGAUGUCGGAAGAGGGGGAAUGGGAAGGGGGACCCAUCUGCACUAGUAUCAAAACUCAUUUUACGUUUGACACUGAAGCUGUACUACAAAGAAAAUCUCUUUGUAACACCAUUAAUUGCUGGGCCAUAGGUGACUCUUGUCCAGUUUACUAAGUAGAUGCUCAAUAAGACUUGUACAAAUAGAGAGCCUUUUUUAAGUAAAGAAAAAAAAAGACAAUGCUUAAAUGUACAAAAAUGUAUGACACCCUUAUACUAUGGCUUGCACUUUACUUGCAUAUAAACUGUGAAGUAGGCUGUAGUGAUUUUUAUUUGGUUUUGUUUUAUUGGUUAUAUUCAGGGGUUGAAGUAGCAAAGCACUAGUACUGUACUGCUGGUUUUCAAUCUCUACUGUUAAAAAACAAAUCUCCAGCAGGAGAUGGACACAAAAGUGUUUGAGAGAGUUGAAGGUAGUAGGAGAAAUCUAAUGUUGUCCUGACUUCUUUCCCCUUUUUCCUGAUCACUUUCUUGGGUCAAAGAGAAAACCUUUGACAGAGACAAGCCCAGAUAAAAUUAUGCGGCAGCAGUGUGUUGAGUUCUGACAAAUAGCUGUAUUGAACUAUAUUAAUAAACCCCAUUAGUCGUUACCAACCCUUGAGUAGCAUGCAUUCAGCUUCAGCAUUCCUCACCAUUGGCUAUAUUGGCUGGGGAAAACAUCUGGAAGGCAGCUUGGUUCCCAAUUUAAAAGAAGCCAGACAAUCAAUGCCCAUAUUCAAACAACGCUCUAAGUCAGUGGUUCCCAAACUUUGGUCCUCCAGAUGUUUUGAACUUCAACUCCCAGAAGCCCCAGCCACCUUGAAAUCGGGAAGCUGAAGCCUGAAACAUCUGGAAGACCAAGGUUUGGGCACCACUGCUCUAAAUUGUAGUUUACAAAGGAAAAUAAUUCUUAAUCUUGGAAUUAAGCCAGUUUUCUGUGACAUCCAAAUUAGCAAAUGAUGGUUUGAUUUAUUCCCUCCCCUGGGUAAUCCUGGUUUGGAGGAAUUACACCAACCAUCAUUUGCUGGUUCAGACAUCACAACAAUGAUUGUGAAAGAAAGGGGGGAAAUGUCAUGUUAGAGAACCAAAAAUGGCAGAGGAGGAAGGAGAAAGGCUAUUUCAUACAGAUCUCUUGCUUACAAUCUUCCAGACCAUGGUUUGGAAGAUCUUCUGAAUGCAGUCAUUUCAGUGUGCCCACGAAGGAUAAUAAUAGGGGCUUUUUCCCCCCAAGUACCUUCAGCUCUCUACAAAAACUGUCAUUAGUCUCCUGCUGUGAAAAGGUCAGAUAAGUGUAUUUUGGAGAGAGAGAAAAAAAUCUGCUCAAGUUAAAAGUCAGCUUCUUGUAGUUGACUAUACUAUGGGGUCCCUCCAUGGUCUUUCUUUUGUAAAUAACAAUCAUUCUUACAACUUCUGUAGCAAUAGGCGGUUAUAAACCAAACUUUCACUUGGACUGUUUUCAAACAACAACAACCACAAAAAAAUCUCUAGCGCCUUGUAUUUAAAAAGAGAGAGAGAAAGAGAACCUAUGUCUUCUGAGCAUUUUUGUUUACAUGAUAAUAUGUAUAUAUAAAGAUAUAUAUAUAUUAGAGGCAGAACUGUUAUUUAUCACACUUUAUGUUGUGCUUCAUUAUUUCUAAGAGUCUUUUCUAUAACCAAGAGAAAUGUUGUAUCCGAGGGAGUCCCCUCCCCCCCCCGCCGCCAUCCUGAAGCUUGAAGAAUGAAACCGAUUGUGUGUUUUCCUCAUUAGCUGUGAAAGAAACCAAAAUGUGAUAUAUAAACUUAUGAACCAGGGAAGAAUCUGCUCUGUUCCAAGACAACUUACGUUUUGCCACAUUGUUUCGAAGCUUACGAAUGCACCCUUUAUCCUUGUCAUGGCGAUUUCCCCUUCAUCAUGGGCUGGCACCAUUUCCAUCCAUCCGCCGAAAUAAAGAACCUUCAUUUCAAAGAUAUACAGAGGAAUAAAAAUGGAUUUAUGGCACAAUUCUAUACGUUUCAACUCAAAAACAACUCCCAUUGAUCACAAUGGAGCUUAUUUCCCAUAGGAUUGUAGCCUCAGACAGGUAAAACUGAAUUUCAACCCCUGGAUAAGACAGGUUUAUUUGCAUCCGUUUUCAGUUCCACCAAAGUCUUCUUAAUUUUAUACUUGCCCUACAUUGAGAAGCGAUCCACUGGUUUAUAUAGGCUAUGAAUGUUUGUUUUCAUUUCUUUUCUUUAGUAACUGUACUCAGCUGCUUUUUUUGUUUUUCUAUCACAGAUUAACUUGUUGUUAUUAUUAUUAAUAUUAUUAUUUGCGUGUCUACAAUGAGAAUUUAUGAAUGGAAAAAUUUCACUGUGUGUUGCUCACUGGGCAUAUACCUCAUGGUACAUUGCACAGACGUGUAAGUUGUAAGUUGCACUGCAACAUUAUAAAAAAGGAACAUAUUGCUCUUUUUUCAAAGAUAUUAACUUAUUUAAAAAAAUAAUAUAUAGACUGUACAUUAUUGAAAAAGGACAUUUAUUCUUCCUAAAUUCAAAAGUAGCUUUUGUUUGGGGGGAAAACGUUGUAAAACUUCAGUUGUUAAUUUGGACUUCAAUAAAAUGAAUUCUCUGAAGUUUGGGAAA